AUGACUGUUAGCAGCAAUGCGGUGAUUGAUGAACGUUUACAAAGUUUAAAAGCUGAAAAGGAAGCUAUUUUGGAUGUCUGUGGCAAACUAGCAUACUUUAUUCGAACAAAUUCGAUCAGUCCGGUGAAUGACGAUAUUUUAGAAUACAUUCAGCACUUUAUUCGAGAAGAAAAACAAAAACGAAACAAUGGAGCUCAGAACGAUGACAUCAUCAAUGGACUAGAAGGACUUGAGAAAGAAUAUCGACACGAGCUCGAUGCUAUUAAACAGAUGAUGCAAGAAAAUGCAACAAAAUCAACUAGUCUCCUUUCAAUAGGACAAGUGUUUGACCGUGUCCGGGAUCUCUAUCAUUUACCAUUAUAUGGCAAACAGAUUCGGACACAAAUCGAACAAAUGAAACGUAUGCAAGAAAAUGGUAGACGCAAUAGAGAACAGUCUGUUCAAUUAUCAAACAAAGCUCAGUCAUCACCAGUUAUGAUUGAGCUAAAGAAAGCAUUUGUCUGA